AGCAAAAGUGUGUCAUGAAAGCGAAGUUGAGUGUUUGGCUUAUCACGAAGAUAUAAAGCGGUCAGAUAAGGUCAUCAUCAUGGCGUCACUGAGCCUAAUAUGCUCAGUUUUAUACCUAAUUGUCGUAUUUUCUGUUCUUUCCGAGCAACACAGCUUGUCAAGAAGUUACACUCCACAAUUUGAAAAAGGAAAACCAAUUUCGACUAUUCACACGAACGACGUUAGAGAAGCUUCCGGUAUAUGCGCAAGUCGUAUUCAUCCGAACAUAAUAUACACUCACAACGAUUCAGGUGACCAUACUCACAGUAUUUACGCUAUUGACGUCACUUCCGGUCGAGAAGUUUCGAAAAUCACAAUAAAUCAUGCAGUCAACAAAGAUUGGGAAGAUAUAGCAUGUGGGCCAUGUGACAGAAGCCAUGGUGAUUAUUGUAUCUACAUAGCUGAUACUGGAGGCAAUGUUCAUGACGCCGCAAAUAUCAUCUACAGGAUUAAAGAACCAGAAAAGCUUCAUUCUCAUAUCACUGUAGAUCUCGACUCCAUGUUAAAGUUCAGGUGGAGCGAGCAGAAUUGUGAGACAGUAAUGGUCGACCCCAAAGCGGAAGUGUAUAUUGUGUCUAAGGUGGAUGGUGGACAUGGCAGAAUGGUUAAAUUACCAUCAAGUGCCUGGGGUUCAUCCCACACGGCGUCAGUGAGUGGUGGUAUACAUCUGAACGGCAUUCACAGUAGCCGCAACGAUCCCGUCGGUGGGGACAUAUCUCCCACGGGAUAUGAGGUGUUGAUAAAAACCAUCUACGCCGUUAAUUACUAUUACGUCCCUGACGGCGAUUAUCUUAAACAUAUGACUGGUACCCCUUUUCAACUUCCGUUUGAUCAUGACUAUGAGCGGCAAGGAGAAAGUAUUGCCUGGGACCCGAAUGUUCGUGGCUACUACACGCUUGGAGAGGGGGCCAAUCGACCGCUUUACUUCUACAAAAGAGUACCUCAUACUUCCCUUGUCGGAUAAUUAAUGCACAUUUAUUAAUAAAAAAACUUUAUUCAAUCUUAAAGGCCAA